UUGCGGAUGCUGAUGAUUUGUCCAUUCAACGCAUCCCAAAUAAGAGCACGCACGCACACGUUUCGACCUCUGUAAUUCACAACACGGCUCUAGUUUUCGUACCCGGUGCUAAAUAUGGCUCCCGGGGUGUAGGAUCGUGUAGAAUCGGGUGGAGGAGCGGUGGAGAUGGAGACCGGGGUGCUGCCUGAUUGGUGUCCGCCUAGAGCUCACUGAAUCCCCGCUGUUGAUGCACCAUGAUCCCCGUGUCUCUGGUCAUCGGCGUUAUGGCAGCCUGGUGCGCUGUCUACCUCGCCGACACAAUGCUGAGGUCUUCUAUGACCCAUCGCAUCAGUUACGAGUCGUGGUUGGCGAGUCGAGGUCUGAUGUUGUCUCCAUUUCACAUCCGAUGGCAAACCACGAUGUUCAACCGACUGUUCGCCUACUGCGCCCGCAUACGCCCACGCGCCCUGUACCUCUGGUUCAACAGUGGUCUAGUUUUUGGCGUAGUUUCCAUGGUGGGGUCGGUGGUUCUUCUGGUAAAGACUCUGCAGCAGACUCUGGCCCAGAUGACCACAGACAAUCCUCGUAUCGGCGGACAGCAGACCCUACAAGUAGUGGUCCCUGGAGUAAACCUUCCCACCAAUCAGCUGGCCUAUUUCUUUGUCGCUCUGCUGCUCAGUGGUGUCAUACACGAGCUUGGCCAUGCGGUGGCAGCACUGAGGGAGCAGGUGCGAGUGAAUGGCUUCGGCAUGUUUAUUUUUGUGGUGUACCCCGGAGCUUUUGUCGACCUCUUCACGACUCACCUCAACAUCAUAUCUCCAACACAACAGCUACGAAUCUUCUGCGCUGGUGUGUGGCAUAACUUCAUGUUGUGUGUGGCAGCGUUGGCCUUCCUUUUCCUUUUGCCCGUGUUUUUAUUUCCCGUUUACACCACUGGAGUCGGGGCCCUUGUCACUGAUGUUAUACAGGGUUCUGCUGCAGAUGGUCCCAGGGGUCUCUCUGUGGGGGACAUAGUGACGGGUUUGGAGGACUGUCCCGUCAGAGGAGUGGAGGACUGGACCCAGUGUUUGUCUCAUCUGUCCCACACGCCUCAGACCGGAUACUGCGUCCCCACCGCCAGCCUGCAGCCCAGCUGGGCCCACGGCAGACCGUACAAGCGUCUGGACGGGACGGUGGACUGCUGCAGUAACAACAGCCUGACUGACCUGUGCUUCUCCUACACCAAACCGCAGGGGAAGGGCAUCCGGGACAAAGAGUAUGCGUGUAUGCCGGUGCGUAAGAUGGUGACCGGCUCCAGAGUUUGUCGUACAGAUGAGGAUUGCGCCACCACCUCGCAGAUCUCCAGUGUCUGUGUGACGCCGUCUUUGGAAAACCAGACGCGCUUCAUCCGACUCACCCACCCCCCCCACUCACACAUGCUGUUUGUGGGAUUCCCUCCACACCUCCACCACGCUGUGAGUCUGACCAACUUUGUUCCUCGGUUUGGUUUUCUCCAUCUGGACCUGCCUGUUUUCUUGGAGACUUUCUGCAAAUAUGUGGUGUCACUGUCCGGGGCGCUGGCUGUGGUGAACUCAGUGCCGUGCUUCGCUCUGGACGGGCAAUGGAUGCUGAACGCCCUGUUGGAGGCCACGCUGGUUACCGUGGUGACCGAGAGGCAGAAACGCGAGCUGAUUGGCUUUUUCCUGCUGCUGGCGGGGAGCGCACUGCUAGCGGCCAACGUAGCUCUGGGCCUAUGGAUGGUCACGGCAAGGUAAACUUCUCCAGCCUAAAGGGAAAAAAACUGUACCGUAAUGGAGAUUUAUAGACUGCGUUUGAAGGCUAGCGGACCAUUCAACUGUGAUUGUACUGGGACAAACAAAAAAGACUCUGUGAUACCAGAAGUGCUGCCAUUUUGUCUGGACACUGUUAGAGAAGAGGACCUCUGCCUUUGAACACAAAAAGGGACCAACAGGGAAAUGGUAAACGAACAGUUACUUCCACUCGCCAUCAACAAAAGCACAUGUUCAGAUAAUGCACUUAAAAUAAAGCACUAUAAUGGGACUUUGUAUCAACAGACUGUCUCUACUCUCAGUGGAUGAUGUUUUUAAACGGACAACAAGGCCCUGUACUAUAAAACUGUGUUACUCCUGUUCAUUAUUACCAGGUGUUCACAGGUUUGGAUUGUCAUGGCUUCAUAGUAACACACUAUCUCAUCAGUUAAUUAAAACAUAUUGCCAAUUCUACCCAAGUUUGUAUUUACUAUAUAAAAUGGUACAAUGGUACUAUGCUUUACACCAGGGUUCUUAACUUUUUGCGUUCGGUGAGCUGAGCUACUUUCACAAAAUGAAAAUGGCAGAGCUACCAUAUUUUUUGUUGCUCCGGAGUGUAAGUCACACAAAGUGUGAUUUAUAGUCCAAAAAAUACAGUGCUCAUUUUAGCGGCUGCAAAAAAUUAAUUCGAUAUAAGAAGGCAAGCCUUAGAUGUACACUUAGAUGCCUAUAAAACAUUAAACCAUUAUCCAUUUAUUAGUGCACAAAGUUCGAUGUGUUCAUGUGCUGGACUGACAAUAGUUAAAGUGGGACUGAACACUUACUCAACUUUUUUUUUGCUACUAAACGGUCUAUAUGGUGUUUCAAUAGCACUGUGUACUGUACUGUAGACAUAUUUGCAGCUUUCCGGUGUAGACAUAUUUGCAGCUUUCCGGUUGAAAACAGUCGACAAAGUGUGUGCUGUAAUUCCAAGUACUAUGUGAUAUCACUCAGAACUGCCAUGAUUAAAGCACUGCAGGGGCGGAGUCUGAAGUGUGAAUACCUUGUCGACCAAUCUCACUGUUCUUUAUUUCUCUAGACCUCGCCUCUCGUCCUCUGUCACUCUCCCCUUUAAGUCCUUCAGGUGCUACUAAGUUAGCAGCUCUAUUUGAUACGUGAUUGUUGUUUAGGUGGGUGUUUAGUCCCACUUUAAUUUUACACAAAACUGGUAAAGUCACACAAAAUAAAUGAGCCAUAGACAAAUAAAGAGUAUUGUUUGAAAUCUUGAGACAACUCACAGUUUAUGUUUAGUACUGGGCCUUGUUGAGCAGCUAUCCUAACGCCAUAUUUCCUGUUAAACUUGUGGAAGCUGUUUAUCAUAUUUGUACAAAAGUCGCUGCUGUGAAACUUAAAGACUUUAAAAAGGAGUAAAUACAAAAUAAGUGCUUUAAUGUGUUGCAUGGAUCUGCUUCAGCCAUUUCUGUAACAUAUGAGUAACCAUAAACUGUGAAUGAAGGUCUCAUUUACAUUAUGGACAUUUUGUAUUGGUGAUUCCAGUUUGUCUUGUAUUUUCAUAAUUCAUCCAUGUUCGCUUUUGGUCGAGAUGUAAAUGUUCACUGAAUGAGCUUGUGAAAUGUUUAAUUUAAGUGCUACCAAAUGUGGUUAAUAA